GCCCCUUCUUUCCUGCUGCGAUCGUGCAAAAGCUGAGGCUCUUAAUGGCAAGUGAUAUCUGUCACAGGGAAAGCAAUUGGUCAAUUAUCAAUAUCGCUUAUGUUAUGUAUCUCAUGCUCAAAGCCUAUAAGUACCACUCAAGGCUCAUAAGCUCACCGUAUCAGAUCUCUUCAGGCUAGCAAGGCAGCCGCACAUGGCCUUCCCCUACCGUAUACAUCUCCUGUUUAAACUCCUCAUUGCUGCGGCUCCAUGCUUCCAGUCAAUGCAUCUCGAAGUUGGCGCCAGGACUAAGCCAGUGGUACUUCCCAUGUUACAUGCCGAGGACAAUGUUAACGCAUUAAGUCCGCCUAUCGAUUUGGCGUGUAAUAGAAGUAAGUGGCCGGUACCGGCCAGGCCCUGGUUCGUAUGAGUGCUGUCUGCACUCCAGCCACGACGCAUCUUUUAGGCGAGGUUGACUUGAUGCAAUAGCUCGUCCCUGCCGGCCAUCUAGGGAUGACAUCCUGUAUAAGAACCCUCUCCUCUGUUUCCAUUCUCGAUUGUGCUUAUCAUUGCUGCUUCAGCAUCAUUCAAUUUCAUCACGAACCUGGUCAUUCAGCCACACUUCUCGUCCUUUCACCCCGCGCACGUCCGAAUAUUUUAGUUACUUCAGGAUGGUCGCCCCAAAUCCUAUAUUCUCAAACCAGGCUCCACGGAAUGUGAAAAAGUUCCGUGCAACGGUGAUCCAUGAUAUCUGGCCGGAAGUGCUUUUCUUCACUUUGGUUGCCCUUAUUGUCACUCUCGUGUCAACUCACACUAACGCGUCGCUGGCCAUUUCGAACCAAAUGUUAACUGUACUUGGGACGGCUCUCGGUCUGGUCAUCUCAUUCAGGACAUCCACGGCAUAUGAGCGAUUCAGCGAAGGCAGUAAACUAUGGACCAGUAUUGCCAGCGCUUCUCGUAAUCUGGCACAGGUCAUUUGGAUUCAUGUUCCUUUCGAGCGUGAUGACAAUGCGACCGAGGGAAAGAAUACAAUGCUCGAAGUCAUGAUUGAGAAAAAGAGUAUGAUCAACCUGAUUCAAGCAUUUUCCGUAGCCGUCAAGCAUUCGCUCCGUGGGGAGCGUUCUGUUUACCAUGAAGACCUUUAUCCUCUCAUUUCCUUCUUGCCGCGUUUCAGCCGUCCCCACAGCUACGCUGAGGAUGAUAUUCUCCCACUUUGGUAUACUUCCGGUAUGGACAUCCAGAAGUACCAUGCUAUACGUAGCAUGAUGCGGGACUCAAAGGACAACAUCUUGCCUCGAUCCGACUCCGAGCCUGUCUCUGGUGCUGACGUAGAGAUGGGUCAACUUGACGAUGAGACGAACAAGAAACGGUUCGACCCCGAGAGUGUUUUACCUAUUAUUCCAAGCGAGCGUCCUCUAAGACCUGCCAGAAAUCCGCCAAAGACUUAUAUCUAUCACUAUCUGCCAUUCCUCCAUCUCUUCAGACCCCUCUUCCGACGCUUCAAACGAAUGAGAGAGGAUGAUACUCCAUACCACAGGUCACUCACCGGCAAGAAAAUUCGCCCUGAGAUGGUCGAUUCCAAUGUCCCUAUUGAAAUUACUCUCCAUUUGUCGACAUACUUUGCUUCGCUUAUGAAACAGGGCCUUCUUCAGCCUGCAUCUGCCACAGCAAUGGUGAAUGCUAUCUCUGCUCUGCAGGACGCUGUUGCAAAUUUGGAGAGGAUCAAGAGUACGCCGUUGCCUUUUGCGUACCAGGUUCAUCUGCGAAUGUCACUCUGGCUGUAUUUGUUCUUCCUUCCGUUUCAAAUCUAUAAUGCUUUUCGAUGGUUGACUAUUCCAGCGACUGCACUCACCUCGUUCGUACUCAUGGGAUUCUUGGAAAUCGGUCAAGAGAUCGAAAACCCAUUCGAUUACGAUCUAAAUGACUUGGACCUAGAUCAUUUUUGCCUGGUCAUCCAGCGUGAGCUACACGAAAUCACUGCGCAUCAUAGGCCAGACACCGAUACUUUCCUCUUCUCUGAGUGGAAUCAACCCUUCGCACCCGGAGAUAGACGACACGCCAAGGAGAUGCUGAACGAUCGCAACCACCCAUAUCACCACAAAGAAGAGUCGAUCCAUUACAUUCGUAAGACUCUUCUGAAGAGUUGGCGUGAAGUCAAUCAUGUAACAAGGAAGCCUUGAGGACGGAUGACCCACAAUUCCAAGGUAGCUCCCAAGCACAAGGUAGUUUCAGAUCACUCUGCUUCACUCAGUCUUCGACCGAAUGGUCCUUGGAAGUCGCUACCUUGAUUAAAGGCUUGUCCCUUGAUGGUUGGGUUGCGAAUCGAAGAAAGCAUCGUGUACAGGUGAAUCCUGUUCGAGCUGGAACCCACAUGUGCCAAUAUUUAUCAUGGAGUUUUUUGGGUGGAAUCUGAGAGGCAUGGAUCUCGUAUUUACGAUAUGAUGAAACGUCUAUGACAUGUAGAACUACAAGGAUACUUCAAACGAAUAUGGUUGUAAUGGUUCUAAAGCUCAGUCAUAAACUUUCUUAACUCUC